AUGACCGUUCAUCCCGUUAAUGGCUACUCUAGUAUGCCCAUGCACAUGUAUCCUUUCCCACCCGGUUUAGUCGCCACACAACCUCUUCGCUCUAAGCGCAGGCAGGUCAAGAACGCUUGUACAAACUGUCAAAAGGCAUGCAAGAAGUGUGACGACGCCCGUCCUUGCCUCCGUUGCGUUAAAUACGGCAUCGCUGAAGAGUGUGUCGAUUCCCAGCGCAAGGAGAGGAAAAAAGGCGUGAAAAGGGGACCCUACAAGAAGCGCGAUGGCAAAGGCACCAAUGCCGACAUUGGCGAUGUGCCCGAGCAACCCAGCAUUCCCGUCACGACGGAAGUGCCAGCCCAAUCGGCGUCGCCGCCUUUACAGGCGACUUAUAUGGCGCCUAUAGGGUAUUCCAUGUUCCCGGGGCAAUUCCCGGGGUCGCCCACUCCCAAGCCUGGUGAGGCCUCCCCAGCAUACUAUCCCCAGUUCUAUGCGAUUACGCCGGUGCCUCAUCCUGGACAAAACGGGCACCCUGGUCAAGAUCCAGAACAGGGCUACCCAUCCAUGGCCCAGUACAUUCCGGCUGCAUUCCUUCCAUAUGCGCCGCAGUCGUACGGGUAUAUGUAUCCGCAUCGUCCAGACGGCCAGAUGCAGAUGAUGAGCCCUCACUAUGCUCCGUACCCCCAAAUGUACGGCAAGCCGCCUUCAGCCGGUGGGUCGAGCGACUCUGGGCAUCUGAAUGGGCGGAAUCACGAAUAUCCUCCGCACGAAACCCACGAGGAUAACGAACGUAACUAG